AUGGGCCAAAACACAAGCAAACAACACGAUCCUUUGCCUUUCGGUUAUAUCAACCGAGUUGACAACCAAGAUCCAUUGGAAGAGCAAGCACUUGAUCGCGAGAAUCCAUCAACCGACUUUAUUCUUGCCAAUCCUCAUCUCUACAAGCUCGAGAUUACAUGCCAGAAUGGGUGCAAUGGGUUCCUAAGCAACGAUGGCAGCAGUGGCUCGGCAGCAGCAGCAGCAAAGAGUCGACGAGAUAGUAUCGUGGUGGUUGCGACCAAAGUGGACCAAGAGUGUGAAGUAUGUCGACAAAGCAAGCGUCUUUCGUUGGUACGGAGAGACUUGGCCAAGGAUCUUGCAUACAUUGAUGAGACGUACUAUCCUGACGUGAUUCAUUAUGGAUCGAGUGAUGAUAUGCUACACGAUGAAUUGGCUGCUCAACAAUUGGGCGACGAUGUGGAUAACUACAUUGCGGAUGGAUCAGAGGAUGAUGACAACAAUCAUUGGGCCAAAUUGACGAUUGGUGAUGUGGCACCUACCAGGAAUAGACCAUUGGCCAAUGCAUCCCUGGCAGUUGAUCUAUCAGGGAGGUCGCUCGUAAAGUUAAGCCCAAGCAUCGGGUACCUGCACAAUCUCACCAAGCUGGACUUGUCCCACAAUCAGAUGACGAGCCUUCCCCGUACAAUCGGGCACUUGCGCAAUUUGCGCAUUUUGGAUACCUCGCACAACCAACUUGAGACUAUUCCAGACACUAUUGCAUAUAUGACCAAGCUCACAGCACUCAACAUUAGCCACAACCAACUUGUGACCUUACCCACAUCCAUUGGUCUAUUACCAAAAUUGAUCGUUAUCAUUGCCAACGACAAUCGUCUCACCAGCCUACCACGUGAGAUUGCUCAAUUACGGGGUCUUAUUUCUUUGAAUGUUUCCAACAACCCGUUGCCAUGGAUACCUGCAGAAAUCGGCACUUUACAAUCACUACGCAAAUUGAUUGCUGAAGGAUGUGAGUUUGUGGAAGAGUUUGAGCACGAGUUACAACAUGAUCCACCAUCCCUGUUUGAAUUGUGCGCUCGUGCAGCAGUCCGUACCGAAUUGCCCAUUCCAAAUCAUAUGGCCGAUCACAUCAAGGAGUAUUUGGCACAGGCACAGACUUGUUCUUUUUGCGAUGGUCCCUUUUUCGAAUCCUACAUCACGCGUGGUCGUUUUAUUGAAAGAUCAGGACGUCAAGUGGUUGCUCUUGAGUAUCGUCUUUGUUCAGCUCAUUGGAAUGAUGAAUCGGAUCGACUCAAGGCACUCUUUGCCCCUAUUCCAAACACUGCUCCCAGUCGUCGUAUCGCUGCUAUUAGCAACAUCAACAAAGAUCUUGUCAACACGGAUGGCCUGGAGCCAACCUUAUCAUCAUCAUCCACUUCUGCGUCAUUGUCAACUUCACCUUCAUCCUCUUAUUUGUUACAAUCACCUCGUCCAAGACGCGCAUUACUUGGCAACCGACAUCGUGCUUAUAGUGAUCUCAGCACACGUUCACGACAAAGAUCCACAUCACCCGCUCUCUCGUUAUCAUCAUCCACAUCAUCUCAAUUAUCACGUCGCAGCAACUCAAGCACAUCAUUAGCUGCUGCACUUGGAUCAUUGCCAUUGUCAUCAUCACCUUCGGAGAUGGACGUUGUUUCCAUUCGAUCUCUUAAACGUCAACCAAGCUUACCAGCUUUGCCAGUGCCUGUACCCACCAAGAGCACAACCACUUGUUCUUCAUCAUCUCGACCACAACAACGCCAACGUCCAAGAGCUGCUUCAAGUGCAUCCGUCACACGGCGUAUCACUGGAUUGUUAUCAUCUUCACCUUCACGUUCCUAUAGCAACUCAGCUUUACGACAACAACCAUGGAAUGCUAGUGAACAUUUGGAAGAGUUACAUGAAACCACAGCAGAAGCCGAAUCACCUGAUUACACUCUUUCUUCUUCAUCCUCCUCCUCCUCCCCCAAUACUCCUCCUCCUCCUUCUCUUCAUCCUCGCACAACCAGCCAUGGUUCAUCACUCCAAGUUGAAGAAGCAUCUUCAAGCAGCAACAACAACAAUAUUCAUGCAUCGUCAACUCCGGUCCAUAUGCGCACAGGUGUUGCAAAGAUACCCGUAACCAAUGGCAUUCGUGCCAGUCUUGCUCAUCUUGGUGCCCGUUUUACCACCAGAGAUAGAAGUGGCACUGUCUAA